AUGGAGAGUAAGAAGGGGAAGGGAAGGAGAAGGGAAGAAAGAAAUGGGGAAAAGAGAGCGAUGAGAUCUAAGAGAGGAGGGCUGAUGCCGGUGGUUUCCCUUCGUGCUGUCCCUGCAGGAGAAGAAAAAGGGAGGGAAAACAGAAAGGGGAAACGGGGGGAGGAAGAGGAACGAUGGAGAGGGAGACGAUUAGAGAGAAGGGAAGAAGGGGGAGAGAAAGAGGGAGAAAGAGGCGGCUGGCAGCUGCUGGCUGGCCGGGGAAAAAGAAGAGGGGUCGCCGGGGAGAGAGAGGGAGAGGGGAGGCGGCUGCCGGAAAAGAAUGGGGAGAGAGAGGGGCUGGCGGCUGAUGCUGCCAAGGAGAGGGAGGGAGAAGAGAGUGAAAAAUUGAAAAUCUUCUUAUGUUUAGAUCUUUGA